GCCGCCGCCGGGGCGGGGUCAGCGCUGGCCGCGGGGGCCGCAGCGCCGGGGCCGAGCCGCGUGUCCCGCCCCGCAGCCCCUCGGCCGCAGCGCGGGGUUCGCCGCCAUGACGGGCAGUAAUAUGUCUGAUGCUCUGGCAAAUGCCGUGUGCGAGCGCUGCCAGGCGCGGUUCGAUCCCGCAGAGAGGAUUGUGAACAGCAAUGGGGAGCUCUAUCACGAGAGCUGCUUUGUCUGUGCUCAGUGCUUCCGGCAGUUCCCAGAGGGACUCUUCUAUGAGUUUGAAGGUAGGAAGUACUGUGAGCAUGACUUCCAGAUGCUGUUUGCUCCUUGCUGCGGGGAAUGUGGUGAGUUCAUUACUGGACGUGUUAUCAAGGCAAUGAACAACAACUGGCACCCAGAAUGUUUCCGCUGUGAGCUCUGCGAUAUAACCCUUGCUGACCUGGGUUUUGUGAAGAAUGCUGGCAGGCACCUGUGCAGGCCAUGCCACAACCGUGAAAAAGCCAAGGGACUGGGCAAGUACAUCUGUCAGAAGUGCCACUUGAUAAUUGAUGAGCAGCCUCUGAUGUUUAGGAAUGAUUCCUACCAUCCAGAUCACUUCAACUGCACCCACUGUGGGAAGGAGCUGACGGCCGAGGCGCGGGAGCUGAAGGGGGAGCUGUACUGCCUGCCCUGCCACGACAAGAUGGGCAUCCCCAUCUGCGGGGCCUGCCGCAGGCCCAUCGAGGGCCGAGUGGUCAACGCUCUGGGGAAGCAGUGGCACGUCGAGCAUUUUGUUUGUGCCAAGUGUGAGAAGCCAUUCUUGGGGCACCGACACUAUGAAAAAAAAGGGCUGGCCUAUUGUGAGACUCAUUAUAAUCAGCUCUUUGGAGAUGUUUGCUACAACUGCAGCCACGUGAUAGAGGGAGAUGUGGUAUCAGCUCUUAACAAGGCCUGGUGUGUGAAUUGCUUCUCCUGCUCCACCUGCAACGUCAAGCUCACGCUGAAGAAUAAAUUUGUGGAGUUUGACAUGAAGCCUGUGUGCAAGAAGUGCUAUGAGAAAUUCCCCCUGGAGCUGAAGAAACGUCUGAAGAAGUUGUCAGAGCUGGCAUCCAAGAAGAUCCAUCCUAAAGCUUUAGAUUUAAACUCUGCUUAAAGCAAACAGGUCUGUCAGUCUCCUGACUGCACUCUUAACACAAGCUGCUGCUCCCUGCAGCUGUUGAUUACAGAAGCAAUUACUAAGAAGUGGAACCAAAGAUAAGUAGUACCUUCCCCUGCUUCUGGUGAGGUCUCUUGCAUCUAGACUGUCCCUUUUCCCAAGCAAUUGUCUAUUAACACUGCAGGAAGAGGAGGAUGAGUUCUGCUUCAGCAGUGCACAGGCUGAUUAUUAAUUUGCUAUUAACAUUGCAUUUUGCCUUUGUGGAGCUAUACACAAUCUUUCCUUCCUCAAUUGAAAUGUACUACUCUUUUCACUCUUCUAGUCUAAGGAAUUUGAAAAAAGUGCUUAAAUGUAGGGCUGGAAGAAAUGUCAGAUUUGCUCUUUCUCAAUCAGAGUAUCAGAAUUUUUCUUCUUACUCUGGCUGAAGCAAUUUUUAGGUUUUUUAAUAUAUAGGCAAUUAGUCUGAAAGUUGUCUUUCUUUACUACAUGCAAAAAGUUCUGGUCUUUCUCCAGAUUCCUACAGAGAAUAUAUGGGUGCCCUAUGCCAUAUCCCAGCCCUUCUGGUUUGUAGGCUUACUGGACAAGCCCAGAAACCAAUAGCUAUGGCAUCUGCACUGCCCAUUUAGGCCCAGUGUUAAGGCAGCUAAGAAGUUUCCUUUGCUGCUUCUGUGCUCAGAACUAAGGAGAUUUCAGUUGUCAAGGCCAUGUGAGCUUCUUCAGAAUAGUUGGGCUCUCCUUAAGGAGAAGGUGGCUAUGGCAAACUAAACAUUUUAUUAGAACUGACACUAAUUUUCUCUGUUCUCUACUACUACAUGGCUGGUAGAGCUUCUGCUGGUCAACACAAAGCAUGUCCUGUCCAUUGGCAUAGCUGAUAUUUAUUGAGACAGUGUGGCUGGAGCAUUGGCUACACUUCUGCAUAAAGAAACUGAAUAAAUAAUAUGGUACCAAUUUAAGCACUUCAGUUUUCCCAUUCUCACUUUAUUUGCCAGCCAAGAAUAUGCUUGUUGGUCACACUCCAGAAGGCCCAAUUAUAUGAAGGUGUUUCUAAUGUUUACAGAUUGUAGCAAUUGUGGUGCUAUGCAGAAAAAAACCUCAAUUUUUCUUAAAUUUUUUUUCCCAAAUAAGAGUCCCAUUCAUCUUUCUGAGACCUGAGUGUACUUAAGGAGAGGAUCUCAGACAUGAUGCUAACAUCUCAAGCAUAUUGUCCUCCUCUGUAAUUUUGCCUGUCACUAGUGAGGUUUCACUGGUCCUACUGUCUCUGCUACCACAACCCAAGGUGCUGAGAAAUUUACUGCUUUUGGAUAUUCUCAAUACUUCUUUAGAGAUGAGCCAUGAGCAGUGCUGUUCCUGAGCCCACCCACACGAUGUAUGAUCCUAGUGAGCUUCUGAGUCCCCCAGAGGUGACCCCCAUACUUCCUUGUGCUGAACUAAGCUGAGCAGCCUGAAAAUCCCUUUCUAUGCACAGUUGUGAGACUUGCCCCUUUGCAAGGCUGACAGGCACUGGAGGACUACUGUCCUUUGCAUGAUUUAAAUCUUCCAAAAAGUGGCUGGUUUAGUCAGUCAGAUGAACACAGCAUUUGGGCCUGGACAACACCCUGCAGGCACAGGUAAAUUAGGUAGCAAGAAGUUAAAGCUUCCCCACUUCUUGUAUGUGUGAGCAGCAAUUGGACUGGGGCAAUUGUCUACCUUAGAACUGUGUUACUGUGCUCGCUGGAUCAGUACCCAUGGAACUGCACCAGUGAUACCAAAGCAGUGGUAGGAAAUCUGGAUAAGUGAUCAGAAUCCCACAUGUGAGACCAUCUCUUAGAGUUUCACUGCCUUUGCUAACUCAGUUUCCCUUAGCUGCUUUGCUUUUUCUUGCUGUAAGUUAUCAUUAUCUUUUAACUGGGUUAUGCUGUAUCCACUCUAACAAUGAUGAGGGGUAGGCCUAAUUUUAGCAGUAAACUCUUUCAUCUUCUGACCAAUUUGCACUGCAGAUUCCAGUAACAGUAGCUGCUUGUGUCACUGCCUUAGGAGAACACGUGGCUAUUCACUGUUCUCUCACCAGCCUUAAAAUGGUCUUUUAGUUAAGGGCACAAAGAACAGCAUGUCUUUUGGUGCAGUCAUGUGGCCUUGCAAAGACCUCCAUUUACAAUCAAACCUGUUGUUUGGUGUUUUGUCACAGCAUAAAACACUUGAAUUCUGACCUAGGUGCAGCUCAGUAUGUUAUGCAGAUUCUUCUCAGCAUAAAACAUUCUGGUCUGUCCCUGUAAUCUCAGUCACAGGCCCUAUCUGAUGCUGAAUCUGAGCAGCUGUGUAUCCCCAGCCUCCUGGGAAGUGGUGGAGGAACACACAGCCACACAUUCCUGGUAAAUAUGGAAGGACUAAGUUAACUAGCAGCCAAUAGGUAAUAUUCUUUCAGCAGCCACUCUCACAUUCAGCAAUGGAAAAUGCACGUAUGUGAAUGGCAUUACUUUUGUGCUGCCAGUGAAGAUUUAAUGUGUGCUUUCACCUUGUCUCGUGUUAGAGAUUUGGCAGACCUAGAAAGCUUCAGAGCUCUAAGGAGAGUUGAUAUCAUUCUCUUUGAUAAGCUGUUCAGUUCUCUAGGAUUUGGAAUAUGUCCUUAUCUUCAGGAUGUUUUGCAAAAUUAAUUGGUGAACAAAAUAAUUGUAAUCCCUGAUACUAAUGGAGGGUGAUAUUCUCUUAAAUUAUUAAUUUUUCAUAAUAAUUUUUCUUAUGCUUCUGCUGCCCAUAGCCUGCAAUGUGCAGAGUUACAGUAGUUUAUAUUACCAACAAACUUUUCUUGUGAGAGUGGAAUUGAAGGAGUAGGAGAAAUAACUAUAAAUGGCUUUAAAAUAUGCAUCUUCCUCUACUUCUGUCAGUCUACUUUUUUAAGACCGAGUAGACUAUAGUGCAAACUCAGAACUUCUCCUUAGUGCCUUGGUAGGCUGACAGGUUGGGUUUUGUUUUCUUUUUAAUUAAUAUAGUCAAGGUGUCAGUAAGAAAUAAGUGGCACGCUUUUUUCCAUUGCUGUAAAUAGACCUGCUGGCCAAAUUCUUCCUAAGCAUCACACCACUGGAGAAUAGAGAUUUAUAUGAAGGUUGAGUUUGGCUCAGAAAUCUACACUUAAUAGAAGAUGUCUCAUACUAUACAUUUAUAUUUAUACCUAAUUAAUAUUUAUACCUAAUUAAAAUCACUAACACUCACGGAGUACACUUCAAAAUGGUUUUGCUUUUAGAAAACAUGGUAUGUGAAGCUUGUUUUUUUUUUUCCAAAGGGUAUGCUAAUCAUUUGCAGUCUUUCUUUGUGGCACUAAUCCUCCCUCUAGAUUUGUGUCCUGGUGUUUCUACAGCAGUCUGUGCAACGCUGGCAAACACUGGUCAGCCUUUUGUAGAGAGAGUUCCUGAUGUGGCAUGGCUGGUAUUAGAUGAUAUGACUGACAUUCUUUCAUAAGUGAUUGGAUGGAGAAGGAAUAGAUUGCAGGUAAACAUGUAAUAAACAUGGUUAUACUAGCUUGUAAAGCACUAUUAAGUGCUGAGGGUAUUAGAUUGAGAAAAGAAUUAGCAGCUCCCUGCCUUGGUUCAGGCCUUGAUGGGUUCUGCACCAUGUAGAGCUCUCACUUUAUCACAUGUUGUUUGAGCUGUCUAACCAAAACACAUGAUUGUAGACUGAAAUGCUGUAAUACUGUACCUUUGUAUGUUCUUGUAUUAAAGUUAACUGUAACACAUUUUAAAUCUUUACACAAAAAAAAAUGGUAUAGUGUACAGUUAAUACCAUAUUUUCAGUGCUUAGCCAGAAACUGUUACCCUCUCCGAGGAGCUCUGGGAUUGCUGAAACCUGAGGCACUGUUGUGGUGAAUUCACAUUUUGGACCUGUGCUGCUUCUGUGGUGAUGUGUUGGUUGAUGAGGAUGUGAAGAAAGGGGUAUCAUCCUUUUAGUGGCCGUGUUGUACAAAUUGUGUUGUGUAUGUAAUGAGCAGAUGGGAUACUAUGAUCAUUUACACGAUAUAGUGGAUAUUUGGAUGAUUUAGGUUACAUGGAUCUGGAGCAAACAUUCACUUGGUUAAAAAAAAGACAUUGUUGUUGAUUUUCUGCAGUCUUUACUUA